CUUCCGCUUCCUGUCCGCGGCCAAGAUGGCGGCCGGCGCGCAGGGUCGGGGGUGAAGCUGCUUCCGCCGCGGCCUGUCCCGCAGUGAAGAUGGCGGGGUCGGUGCUGGAAGUCGUGGGGCGGCUGCAGGCGCGGCUGGCGGGCGGCGCGGAGCCCAAGAAGCUGCUGAAAAGUCUGAAGAGGCUGUCCGAGUUGCCCAUCACGGUUGACAUUCUUGUGGAGACGGGUGUUGGCAAGACUGUGAACAGUUUGCGGAAGCAUGAGCUCGUAGGAGACUUUGCGAAGAAUCUCGUAGCCAGGUGGAAGAAGCUCGUGCCGGUGUCCCAGGAGGCAGACAGAAAUAACCUAGAUUCCGAAGACCGUGACUAUGAGAGGAGCAGCUCAAGCAAAAGACGUCAAGAACCUGAGCAGGAGUAUUUAGAGCCCUUCCAGCCAUCUUGCAGCCAGUCAUAUAGCCCAGAUCAUAGGGAAAAGAAGUCCAAAAGGCAUCCUAGGCCAGAGAGGGCCCAUGAGACUUAUGGCUAUAGUAGCCACGAGGGGAAACGCUGGGGCAGAUCUUCCCCAGGGCUCUCUUCAGAUCAGGAGAACUCGGACUAUGGACAAGCUGUGUCACCUGAGCUGAGUGAGAGCCCUCAGGAUAUGUACACAGACCCGUAUGCCUCUGAGGAGCAGGAAGAGCUGACAGCGUUUCAUCAGAAAGCCAGUAAAGGCCACAGCUUUCAGGAAAAGCUGGUGGGAGGCCGGGAGAGGAACCCUGGUGAGUUGUACAACAAAGGGAACAUGAGUGGAAGCAAAGAGCACAAGUCUUCUCCCAAGAAGCGGCGACCUGAUGGCAGAGGGGAGGACAGGCCCACUGCAUGCAGCCCAGAAGGAUUGCACAAAGCCUCUUUCAAAGAGCAGGUCCGAGAAGCCCCUGUGGCUGGGGGCACAAAGGAGAAGCAGAGGAUGUCAGCUGGCACCAAGAAGGAGAAGAGACGAGAAAGCAGCACUGACAGAAAGGAGAAGUUGCACAGAUUGCCACACUUGGAAGAGUGCUUGGACAACCAUGUUAAGAAGGAAAAACAUCGGGACUCUGAAAAAAGCAAAUUGGAAAAGCCCAAGCUGAGCCUGGAGACCUCAAACACAGAGCAGGAGAAAGGGAAAGCUGAGGGUGACUCAUCAAAUAGGAUUAAAGAAAAGGGGAUUUCUGGGAGCUCAAAAUCUUCAGAGAGGAAGCGCAAAGUCUCUGAUGUGGACAAAAAAUCAACGGGCUUUUCCUCAAAUUCUGGGGAGGGAGAAGGGGAGGAUGAAUUUGAACAACCUACAAUGUCCUUCGAGUCGUACCUCAGCUACGACCAGCCCCAGAAAAAGAAGAAGAAAGCAGUCAAACCCUCUGUGGCACCUAUGGAGAAAGAACGAGGCCACAGCAAACAGAAUGGAUCCAAAGUCAGUACCAACAGCUCAAACUCAAGUCGGAAAAGCCCAAGCCACAAGCAAGCGAGUGAGAAAAAGGCAGAGAAGAAACUACCAGAGCCUCCUAAACCAAACAGGAUAAUUUUCGAUGUGGUACCAACAUUACCAGACAUCCCACUGCCACCGAUACAGGCCAAUUAUCGCCCUCUUCCUUCAAUUGAAUCCAUUACCUGCUCCCAAACAAAAAGGAAAGCAGUGUCUUCGCCAGUUGAAGAGAGUGAAGCAGGUUUUACAGGCCGACGGUUGAAUUCAAAGAUGCAAGUGUAUUCAGGCUCUAAAACUGCCUACCUCCCAAAGAUGAUGUCUUUGUAUCAGCAAUGCAUCAGAGUCCUCAGUAACAACAUUGACUCUAUCUAUGAAGUGGGUGGUGUCCCAUUCUCAGUGCUGGAGCCAGUGUUGGAGAAAUGCACCCCAGAGCAGCUGUAUCGCAUUGAGGAGUGUAAUCAUGUUCUAAUUGAGGAUACAGACCAACUGUGGCACAAUCACUGUCUCCGAGACUUCAAGAAUGAGAAGCCAGAAGAGUUUGAGUCCUGGCGGGAGAUGUAUCUUCGACUUCAUGACGCACGAGAGCAGCGUCUGCUCAUGUUAGCACGGAACAUCGGCUCAGCUCAUGCCAACAAACCCAAAGGUCGAGUGGCCAAAAUGGCCUUUGUGAAUUCUGCUGCAAAGCCCCCUCGGGACGUGCGACGGAGACAAGAGAAGUUUGGGACUGGAGGACCUCUUGUGCCAGAGAAGACCAAAAUAAAACCGGUCCUGUACACAUCUAGCAAAAGCCACACUCAUGUGAGUGAGGAGCAGUCCUAUGAUGGGCCCAGCACCAGCAGCGCCCAUUCUGUCCCGUCUUCAGGUAGCACCUUCUCCUCCUAUGACCCCAGGAAACCACCAGUGAAGAAAAUUGCACCCAUGAUGGCAAAGACUAUCAAAGCUUUCAAAAACAGGUUCUCUCGGAGAUAAGUUUGCAGCGCAGCUCUGAGAUUUUCCCUCUCAUUGGGGGCACCGAAGGGCGAGAAGGUACCCAAACAGCCCUUUCCUUUGAACUCUUUGGAGACUGCAGCUGCUGGGAGAAGCUUCGAUCUGUACAAGAUGACAGCGCAGUAUUUUAUCUUUUAUUCUGGUCCCUUUCUCAGUGUCAAGCCCCCACUAUUCUGCCCCUGCCCUUAACAUCCUAUUUCUGGCUUUGUCAUCCAUCAAAAGAAGGGUGUACAGAAUCUCCAGACACGAGAAAAUGUGAAGUCUUGGCACCUGCUGAGAGUGAAAGAUCCAGAGACUAUUUACUAUUUAACCUUUUAAUAAAUUAUAAAAUGGUUUUAAUUAAAUUUUACCCCCAUCCCACUGAUAUUUAUGUCGCUCCCAUUAGUCUCCGCCUUCCAGUCCCAGUACAAGGACAGCCUCUGUGACUUGAGCUGGCAGGAAUCCACUGGUUUGAGUGGACCCUGGGUGCCCAGGGAGUCUUUCCCUGUGAUCUGGUACCUGAUGGGCCUAAUGCCCCAGCUGGGCUCUCUGGGACAGCUUGGACUGGUGGCCCUUCUACUUUUCGAGCCUUUGGCAAACACAUCCAGUCCUGAAGCUUUGCUCUCAUUGUCUGUGUUAAUAAAGUCUUAGCCCUCAACCUGCUCUCUGCUGGUACUGUAGACCUUGCACAGCUGCUUACCUGUUGUGCAGGGAUGCCAAGAGCCAUUGGGGACUUUGUCUCUGCUGCUGUUGUCUUCUGCUGGCUACUGGGAAGAAAACUACGAGGGACUUGGAGUGAAAUUUUACUGUGCAUCAAGGCAGAUUUUAACCUUAUUUUUGGAAAGAUAGGGGACUUGACCUCUGAAGUUAAAAUCAGUUUUUAAAGAUCCAUGAAGGCAUCAGUUUGCCUCUUAGUGCAAAGAAGAAAUACUUUUUUCUCUUGUUUUCUGCGUGGAACUGGGAACGAUUUCUUUCUGGUUUGGAAGGCAGUGCUGGAAUCCUGCCUCUACCCUGGAUGCUUCCCUCUGCCACCUCUUUGGAAAAAGGCAAGGAUUUUAGUCUUUGAACUUGAAACCACUUGACUGGGGUUGGAGAGGAGUGAUGAACAGACUGUGUCUGUGUGUGGUGACAGGGGAAUCUUUGCUGUCUGCCCUGCAGGGCUCCAGGAAAAUCCCUCUGUGCUGCUGGUUUCUGUUGGUUUCUUUCCUGCUUUCUUUUUCUUCUUUUUUCUUUCUUCCUUUCUCUCUGUCUUUCAGCUGUUCUGAACACCUGCCUGUUGUUCAUUUGCACUGUUCUCUUCUUAUAUUGAAGGUCUUGGAAAAACAUUCUCGACCUCUACUGUGCUGUGGGUUUGUUGCAGCCCCAGACGCUUUAAUGUUACCAUGCAGCAUUGCCAUGUGUGUUGUACCGUAAAAACAACGGCUCAUCCUCUUGCCUUUUUGCUAUAUUUAAUUUGGCUGUCUUUUUAAUUGGAUUACAAUAGAUUUUCUUUUGCUGCCCCUUGUGCUACCCGCUCUCUCUCCUCUGUACUUGGGGCAGGGGCUGCGGGGAGGGAAGCAGAGGCUGGCGCUGAGCUCAGACUGGGCUGGAGCCUCGAGCGAGGGAUGGGUGUGAGGGCCAAGACCCAUCCUGGGCUCUGCUGCUUGGUUAGCGCUGCGUCUGGACGCGGGACUGGAUGCGGGGCCGGCGGCUCUGCCCGCUGUCCGAGUGCGGGGCGAGGGGGGCGCCUCGAAGUUGAUUUGCAGCCCCGAUCGUGUACAUAGGAUUUUCUAUGUUCCUUUUUGUGGUAACGGAGAUGAAUAUUUUAAUUAGAUAAGUUAUAUGAGCAGAGAAAACGAUGUCUCAAUAAAAGCCAAACAUUGGACCGCCUCCGCCUGCCCUGU